UACUGUAAAGGUCCUGAUUGACAACUGUAAAUCGAGUCAGUCAUUGUCCAGAGUUAUCUCUUUAUUCAUAUUGCGUCGUGUUAGCGCCAUCUAUUGUCUAAAUGUGGUAUGAUGGCUAUGUGCUUUCAUGGAGUACAACACGCGCGAGCGGGAAGUUCCGGCAAAACAGGCCGCAGCCGGGGACCACAGUGAUUCCAUGGCCGAAGAUGAGCCUAUCCCUUGCAGCAGCUUAGAUGUGAGUUCAGAGCACUUUGACCCAUUACUGGCACUUUAUUCCCCUAAGACCCCUCUCCCGUUUCCUGAAGCACGCUGCUUUAACAACCUAGCGGAGUAUGAAAGCUUUUUGCGCGGUGGAGGCCGGGCUCGGGGAGCACAGCCUGGCAGCCGCAAGAGUCGUUCUCGCAAACAGGAGCCGGACCCCGGACGUAUAGAGAAACUAAAAAAACUUAUGCUGCCGGUGGAAGAGGGAGCGACCCAGGUCAGACCCCGAAAGAGCAAGGUCCCCAAAAACGUGCUCACCCGCAUGCCUUUGCAUGAAGGCAGUCCUCUGGGUGAGCUAAAUCGGUGUGUCCAGGAUCGCAUUCGGAUUAAAGUUCAUAUACGUACGUUUAAGGGCUUGCGUGGUGUUUGCUCAGGUUUCAUCGUCGCAUUUGACAAGUUCUGGAACAUGGCUAUGGUCGAUGUAGAUGAAACGUACAGAAAACCAGUACUUGGAAAGGCAUUUUAUAAUGAGCAACAGCUUACUCUGAACCAGUUAUUUGAAAGAUUAAAGUUGCAAGAAUCUGAGUUACAAUCAUCUGCAUCUCUAGAAGAUGCUUCAUCAAAAAUGCUCUCAGUUCCCACCUUGAAGACAAGAUUGGCAAAAGGGAAGAAAACAGAAAACCUUCCUUGCCCCUCCAGCAGAGUGCAUAAAAAGAAAGCUGCCCAUUCCACGGACAGGACAACGGUAGAAGGGGAAAGUAACAGUCAAACUGGGGGCAAAAAAAGAACUAAGCGUCAAAGAAAAAAAGUGGAUUAUCAGCAAGUGUUCACACGACACUUAAAACAAGUUUUCAUUCGGGGGGAGAGUAUACUGCUAAUUCAUGUAGCAGAAUGACUGUCUGGCAAAGAUGGCCACUGGAUCUUUCUGUAUAAGACAAUGGUUUAUUGUGCCAAGGAAGAAAGAGAUCCAUUCAGAAGAACAAACGGGCCAAAUGCUGUUUGGGGUAACGGAGAUUGCGUUAUCUACUACGCAUUUUGGAACAUGUAUACCUAUGAGUGCUCCUAUUUUUACGGACUGCUAGUACAAAAAUCUCCACUAAGAGGCACUAGUAUAAAUGUCUCUAUGAGAACAAAAUAAUACCAACCAAAGGAUUUGUGUGAAGAUACAUUUAUGCAAUAUAAUUAUUUUUACAAAUGCGCUCAAAAAUUUGAGCAGUGCUAAAAAAACAAUAAAAUAUAAAAAAAAGACCUAAUAA